CAGGUUUGGUGGAGCAGCAGUGUAACUAGACUGCAUGGGCUGAAAUGUGAAUAUUUAAAGCAGACACUGCUCCAUAGCUCCUGUGGGGGCUGCACCGUGUGACCGAGGACAUCCACACUUGGAGCGUGAAUAAUGCUUCAGCCUUAACCCCCAUUCAGGACAAGAUGCUGCUGAAAAUGCCCCACAAGCUGCUCAAACCUGCCCACUACAUAGAGCUGGGCAGCUACCAGCACUGGCCGGUGCUGAUCCCCCAGAGGAUACGACUGUACACCUAUGAACAAAUCCCCCUCUUCCUUAAAGAAAACCCCUACAUCACUGACGGAUACAGGGCUCACCUGCCCUCCACGCUCUGCCUGAAGAGCAUUUUUAUUUUGUCCAACGAGACUGUGAAUAUCUGGAGCCACCUUCUUGGUUUCCUUCUCUUCUUCUCUUUGGGGGUCAACGACCUCUCGACAGUCCUGCCGGCCUCUGGAGCCAACAGAGAGGACUAUGUCAUCUACACCAUCGGACUCUUCUGCUUUCAGGUUUGCAUGCUGUGCUCAGUGGGUUAUCACCUGUUCUCAUGCCAUCGGUCAGAGAAGACUUGCCGUCGCUGGCUGGCAUUGGAUUAUGCUGGUAUUUCUGUUGGCAUCCUGGGCUGUUAUGUACCAGGCAUCUUCUAUGCAUUUUACUGCAACGCCUUUUGGCGUCAGGUCUACCUGGUGAUAGUGCUCUCCCUGAUCCUGGCCGUCUUCUGUGCUCAGGUCCACCCUAAUUACCUCAGCAGCGACUGGAAACUGAUAAGGACGACAAUCUUCUGCUGUGUGGCGGGUGUGGGUGUGAUUCCUGCGUGCCAUUGGAUCUGGCUCAAUGGGGGAUUCACAACUGAUGUUGUGAAGCUCUUCUUUCCACGUGUGAUAGUAAUGUACUUGAUUGCUGGAUCUGCCUUCCUGUUCUACGUCACCAAAAUCCCUGAGCGCUAUUUUCCAGGCCAGGUGAACUACCUGGGAGCCAGCCAUCAGCUGUGGCACAUACUGGUGGUGCUGAUGUUUUACUGGUGGCACCAGACAGCUGUGAACAUCAUGCGCUUCAGACACAGUGAGCCCUGUCCCAGCUGGACCAGCAGCAGCUGAGGGAAUCACCCAAACUAUCACAUUAUAACUGCUAAAACAUAAACUGACUGAGGUAGAUGUACCGGUAUAUUAAACAAAAUAGCAACGAGAAGGUGUGUCCAAACCUUUGGUCUGUACAUGUGUGUGUAUGUAUGUGUAUAUAUGUGUGUAUAUAUAUAUAUAUAUAUAUAUAUAUAUAUAUAUAUACAUACACACACACAUUCAAAUUUAAAGGUAAACCAGGUUUAUUCAAACGUCAGUUUGAAUUGUUACAACUAAAACUAAUGUAUUUGUGGAUUGAUAAAUCCCAGAGCUGUGAAAUGAAACGGUAUCUGCUUCUUGCACAUGAAAAAAUUUGCAUGCAUGGAAUUGUUUGUUUGAGUGUUUUAGAUUCCUUAUGAACUUGGGAAACAGGUUGGGCCACUGCAGUCACGUUGCUGUUGCCUCAACAAGCAUCUCCUAUCAACACUUGAAAUUUUCUUAGCACUUCUCACAUUGUUAACUUUUAGAUCUUAAAAUAUAGUCAAAUGGAUUUUAAAAUGCCCCUUUUUCCUAGAACAUCCAGGGACUGUAGAAGUUAUCAUCCUGUAAACCAUUAUCUGUUUAGGCCAGUAAGAUUCAGCUCUCUGCUUGAUGUUGAUUAUUUGAAAACUGUCUCCGAUACCUUUUUUGUUACAGUUCUUUCACACCAUUGGACAGUUCAUUUUAAUUUUCAGUGCUAUAUUGUGUGUUCAUUUUUGCAUGGGUUCAGACACAAUUGUAUUUCAUUUGCCUUAUAUCUUUGCUUAUUUGUGUAUUAUUCACAUUUAACUGUUUCAGUCAGCUGGUCAAAACGUGAAGUCAAAACCAGAACAAAGUGAUCAACUUCUUGUACAAUAAAGCCAGUAUUUUUUUUUCUUUUCUUUACUUUUUUUUUUUUUUUUUUUAAAUCUGGCACUUUAAAACAGUGAAUAAAUCCAGCCUGAAAGCGCUUACUGUCACUGACUGCGGUGCUCGUAAACCCACUGUACAGUUGCCAAAGGAGGUGGUUUUAUUUUCCUGUGAAUUGCUUUUCCAAUCUUUUUUUUUCCUCCAUAUUAUCUGUUUGUAUCUCUCUUGAAUACUGUGUAUUAUAUUGCACUGACUACUGAGAUGUAUAUUAAUUUCAGUGCCUCUGGGAAAAUAUAUUUUUGAAUAUUUUGAAUGAAUAAAGAAUGUUAGAAA